AUGUCACCUAGUUUUCAUAGUAAUUCAUCUAGUUUGAAAAAUGACCAUAAUCAUUCAAAGCAUGUGUAUUUUAAGGAGUCUACUAGUGAAACUUUGAGUAAUUCAAAUAUUACUCCCAGAUUUGAUAAAGCAAUACAUGAUGAACCACCUCAUUUUAAACAACAAUAUGAAGAGAGACCUGGAAUGUACUCUACCUCACCAUUAACAACAACAACGUCUGGGGUAUCCAAUUCAAAGAUGAAAAAAUCACAGAGAGGGAAUAUUACAACAAGCACGAAUUUUCUGAAAAAGACAAAAAGUAAAGACUCUUUAAGAAGUGCUAAUGAUGAUGUAACAUCUAUUGAAAGCUCUUCAAAACCACAAAGAAAAGCUCAAACACUAUUAAAGAGAACAAUAAGUUCUAUUUCAACAAAUACUUUGAAUUUUGAUAAUGGAUCAAAAGAAAAUUUGAUUAAAUUGCAUAAUGAUUCAGAUUCAAAAAAUAAAGAAAAUAAUACAAAAAAUGACAACAGUUCUACUUCCACUGGGAAAUCUUUAUUUCAUUCACCGAGAGGACCACUUCAUAACCAUCAUCAUCAUCAUCAUUUGCAUUCAUCCAGUAAUAGUGGUAGUACAGAAAUUGUACCACCAAGAAAGACUUCUUUUGCUGGAGCACUAUUCAAAAGAUUCUCUAGUGCUGGUUCACAUAAUAAUAACAAUAACAAUAGUAAUAAAAACUCAACUUCUUCUACUACAUCAAAAUAUUUAAAGACAACAACACCAUCUACAACAGAAAUUCCAGAUGUUAAUAGUCCCAUGCCCUCCAUUGUAUCGUCAAUACCAUCCACUGCUAUGUCAUCCAUACGAUCACAGAGACGAGAUUCCCGUAAUUCAAUCAAUUUAGGACCGUUGACUCACCCAAUUGAAAAAGUUCCAAAUGCAAUAAGGAAUAAAGUAGCUGAUGUUGUUUCUAGUAUAGCUCAUGAACCUGAGACUAUGAAACAGGAAAUAUCGCAUAGUACGCUAUUUAAUGCUGAGCAGGGGAAAGAACCAACAUCAAAACAACACAGUACAAACUCGCAGUUUGCUACUACACAAUAUUCGGGAUCGGAAGUCCAGUUAUCAACGAACGUUUCAAAACAUAAACCAUCAUCUGUUAAUACACAAGCUUCUUCUUUGUCGUCUCAAAGAAGAUCAUCUGUCAUGAGUGGUAUCUCCCCUUCAACAACAAAUAUUAAAUCAUGGGCAUCACAAAAGGAGUGUGCAACUCCAAGGGAUAUUUUUAUACCGAAGGAAUUAAGAAUGUCAAAAUUAGCCACAACAAAGAAAGAAGAACCAAUACAAAACAUACCAAAAGAAUAUAUUCAUAAUGACAGUAGUUCUAGCGAUAGUAGUUCUAAUAAAGCAGCAUUAUUCCCCUUGGAUACAAAUUUAGCAGAUUUAACGGACAUUACAAAGACUGUACAACCAAACCAAGGAGAUCAUACCUUCAAUGGGCAUGAUAUUAACGAUUAUAUUCCUAAAGAACCAGAAUUAUCUGCAUAUAGUAGUGAUAACAUUAAGGAAUUAAAAAAAUCUGCAAGUGGGACAAGUACAGAUAUUUCAGAUACAAAUUUUAGACCUUUUGGUAAAAAAUCACAUUCGUUAGCUGAUAUUCAACGUUGGGCAACAAAUUCGUCUGCAAGUUUAUCUCCAUUUGCCUCGCAUAAAAAUACGAAUGAAUGGGUAGCUCCAGAAAGUUGGGAUGUCGAAUCUGAUUUGGAGAAGGCAAGAGCUAAGAAGAAGGCCAAAGCUAGAGCUAGAAGAAGAAAAUUGAAAGAAAAGAAGAAACAAAUGGCAGAUGAUUUAUUGACUUUCAAAGUAAAUAGUAAUAGACGUAACGAAAAACAGAGUAGUCAGAUAGAUUCUGCACUAGAGGAGUCAGUAGCAGAAACAACGAAUGAAUCAUCUAACGCAUUAGAAAGAACCAAAUAUAUGCAAAAUGAAUAUGAAUUUUCCGAAACGUCAUCUUCAAACGAUUCCAUUACCGAUAUAAGUGCGGAUACUCAUUCGUAUACAAGUUCUUCUGAAGAAGAUGAGGAUUUUUACGAUAUCCAAACUGAUCGACGUCAUCGUUAUCAAACCCCUCAGAAAACCAAUACAGAUUUAAAUGGAAGGGCUUUUUCCUCUAUUAAUUUGUUAUCAUUAAACAAACAGGAUUUUCCAACUACCACGAAAAAUGUCGAUGAUGAAAAAUCCGAUAAGGUUGAAUAUGAAUUGGAACGUUAUUAUAAAGAUUUCAGUGAUUUAGAUCCAAAAAGACAUUAUGCGAUCCGUGUCUUUAAUACUGAUGAUACAUUCACAACUUUAUCAUGUACCCCAAGUACUACCGUAGAAGAAAUGAUCCCAACCUUAAAGAAGAAGUUUAAUAUAUCUGUUCCAACAAAUUAUCAAAUAUCUUUGAAGGUUGGUAAAUUGUCUAAGAUUUUAAGGCCAUUAUCAAAACCGAUUUUAGUAGAGAGAAAAUUGUUAUUGUUAAAUGGUUACAGGAAGUCAGAUCCGUUGCAUAUUAUCGGUGUCGAGGAUUUAAGUUUCGUGUUUAAAUUCUUGUUCCAUCCUGUCACAGCAUCACACUUUACUCCAGAACAAGAAAAGAGACUAUUAAGAAGUGAUUUUGUCCAUGUGGAUUUAAGAAAUAUGAAUUUAACUACUCCUCCUAUUAUAUUUUAUCAACAUACUUCUGAGAUCGAGAGUUUAGAUGUAUCUAAUAAUGCCAACAUAUUUCUGCCCUUAGAGUUUAUUGAGAGUGCCAUUAAAUUAUUAAGUUUAAGGAUAGUCAAUGUACGUGCUUCAAAGUUCCCUACAAAUAUUACUGAAGCUUAUAAAUUAGUGUCUUUGGAGCUGCAAAGAAAUUUUAUUAAGAAGGUACCGAACUCUAUAUCGAGACUAGGCAACUUGACAAUUUUAAAUCUUCAGUGUAAUGAAUUAGAUAAAUUACCGCAAGGUUUUUCCCAAUUAAAAAACCUGCAACUAUUAGAUCUUUCUUCCAAUAGAUUCAGUAGAUAUCCAUCGGUAAUUAAUAACUGUACUAAUCUGUUACAAAUUGACUUGUCUUACAACAAAAUUCAAGUAUUGCCUGAAAGCAUUAAUCAAUUAGUCAAAGUAGCCAAAAUAAAUAUUUCCCAUAAUAAACUAAACAGAAUAGGUGAUAUAUCUGGUAUGAAAAACUUAAGAACAUUGAAUCUAAGAUUUAAUAGAAUUACUUCAAUAAAUACGAAUGCUGCCAACUUGCAAAACUUGUAUAUAACCAAUAAUAGAAUUUCAAAAUUUGAAGAUGUCGUACCAAAAUUGAGAGCUUUGGAAAUCCAAGAGAAUCCAAUUACAAUUAUAGCGUUCAAAAAAUUUUACCCUGUUAAUAUGACAUCUUUGUCCUUGAAUAAUGCUCAAUUAGCUAGUUUACCAGGUAAACUAUUUACAAGUUUAUCAAGAUUAGAAAAGUUAGAAUUGAACGAAAAUAACUUAACGAGGCUACCAUCGGAAAUCGGAAUGUUAGAGAAAUUGGUUUACUUAUCUGUAUCACGAAAUAAACUUGAAAGUUUACCACCUGAAUUUUGCAACUUAAGGAACUUAAGAUCACUUGACUUACAUUCUAAUAAUAUUAGAGAUGUUUUUUCCUGUAUGGAAAAUAUUGAAUUAACUACUUUAAAUAUAUCUUCAAAUAUGUUUGGUGCUGGAGACAUUAAUCCUGAUUUUUCGCACGCUAUGUUGAGUAGUUCGAAAUUAACAAAAAGCUUGAUGUUUUUCAUUGCUGCUGAUAAUCAAUUUAAUGAUGACAUGUGGUCUUUAUUCAAUUGUUUUGUUAAUCUGAAACUUCUAAAUUUAUCUUAUAAUAAUUUAUCAGACGUUUCUAAUUUAAAGCUGGAAAAUCUAACCGAAUUAUACUUAUCAGGUAACGGUUUACGUACUUUACCUAGUGACACUGUUAUGAAAUGGAAACAAUUAAAGACUUUGAUGUUAAAUGGUAAUCAAUUAUUAUCUCUUCCUUCCGAAUUAUCGCUCUUAAAGCAUUUAAACACACUUGAUGUUGGUUCUAAUCAACUUAAGUAUAACAUCUCUAAUUUCCAUUACGAUUGGAAUUGGAGAGACAACAAGGAAUUAAAGUACCUAAACUUUUCUGGUAAUAAGAGAUUCGAGAUUAGAUCCUUCUACAACUCUGAAUUGAGUGUCGAUAUGUCAGAUUUGACUAUAUUGCCCCAGUUGAAAGAGUUGGGGUUGAUGGACGUAACUAUCAAUACGAGUAGAGUUCCAGAUGAAACAAGUAACUUCCGUUUAAGAACUACUGCAUCUACCAUUAACGGUAUGAAAUAUGGUGUGGCAGAUACAUUAGGUCAACGGGAUUAUGUUUCCUCUAAGGAUGUAACUUUUGAAAGAUUUAGAGGUAAUGACGACGAAUGUCUAUUGUGUUUACAUGAUAUUAAAAACCAAAAUGCAGAUUACGGACACAAUAUUUCCAGAAUCGUGAGAGAUAUUUAUGAUAAAAUCUUAAUCCGCCAACUUGAAAAAUAUGGUGAUAAAGAAGAUAAUGAUAUCAGGAAAGCACUUCGUUUUAGUUUCUUGCAACUGAAUAAAGAGAUUAAUGGUAUGUUAUCUUCUGUUGAUAGUGGUACUAAUGUUGAGAAUUUAACUUCAGCAGAUCUUCUAAGUGGGGCAUGUUGUACGGUUAUAUACAUUAAAGGAACGAGAUUGUUUUCAGCCAACAUAGGUGAUUGUAUGGCAGUGCUCUCUAAGAACAAUGGUGAUUUCCAGCAAUUGACUAAGUUACAUAUCCCUUCAAAAAGAGAAGAAUACGAAAGGAUUAGAAUAUCAGGAGGAUACGUCAACAAUGGAAAAUUGGAUGGUGUUGUAGAUGUGUCUAGGGCAGUCGGUUUCUUCGAUUUGUUACCCCACAUACAUGCUUCUCCAGAUAUUUCCGUUGUUAGCUUAACUAAAGCAGAUGAAAUGUUGAUUGUUGCUACACAUAACUUGUGGGAUUUUAUGAGUUAUGAGGUUGCAUGUGAUAUUGCAAGAGAAAAUAUUCCUAAUCCAAUGUUGGCUGCGGAAGAAAUGAAGGAUCAUGCAAUUGCUUAUGGUUGUUCAGAAAAUAUCACUAUUUUAUGUCUGGCGCUGUCAGACAGCACUGAACAGCAAAAUCAAUUCACACUUAAUAAAAAUUCUUUGAUGACGAGAAGAACUACAUUGGAAGAUACUACUUUGAGAAGAUUGCAACCUGAGAUUGCCCCACCUACUGGUAAUCUCGCCGUAGUUUUCACUGAUAUUAAAAGUUCUACCUUUUUGUGGGAAAUGUUCCCUGAUGCUAUGAGAACUGCCAUCAAAACACACAACGAUGUUAUGCGUAGACAGUUACGAAUAUUUGGUGGUUAUGAAGUGAAGACAGAAGGUGAUGCGUUCAUGGUUACAUUCCCAACUCCAACAAGCGCAUUGGUAUGGUGUUUAAGUGUUCAAUUAAAAUUAUUAGAUGCUCAAUGGCCUGAAGAAAUUACUUCUAUACAAGAGGGUGGUUUGUUAAAAGAUGAAAAUGGUGUUAAAAUAUACCAGGGUCUUUCUGUCCGUAUGGGUAUCCAUUGGGGUGCGCCAGUAUUGGAACUAGACUUGGUUACCCAAAGAAUGGAUUAUUUAGGUCCGGUAGUUAACAAAGCUUCGAGAGUCUCUGGUAUUGCUGAUGGUGGUCAGAUUACUUUAAGUAGUGACUUUGUUUCAGAAUUUAACAAGAUUAUGAAAUAUCAUGAAAAUGUGAAAUCUGGUAAGAAAUCGUUAGUUAGUGCCUAUGGUGAAGAAAUUAUCGGUGAAGUCUUGGAGAAAGAAAUCACAAUUUUGGAAAACAUCGGUUGGGAAUUCUUUGAUCUUGGAGAGAAGAAAUUAAAGGGUUUAGAAGCUAAAGAAUUCAUCACUAUUGUUUAUCCGAAGAUUUUAGCUUCGAGACAUGAAUUUGUAACUGAGGAUGAUGAAUUUAAAACUAUAGAUCAAGAUUUGUUGUUUAGGUUAAGAGCCGCAUCGAAUAAAUUAGAAAGUAUUUUAUCGGUGGUAAGUGGUGGUCAUUCUGAAAAUGAUAGUAAACAACACCAAAAUUCUAAUUUUAUAAUGUUAGAUCACAAAUCUCAAGAUUCUAUUAUGAGUACCAUAAAUGAAAAAGAUAUUGCAUCAUUUUUUGAUCAUUUAAUAACAAGAAUUGAAGCCGUCGUUGCAGUUUUACAGUUGCGUCAAAAAGUAUCGAAUGGAUUGACUAUACAUGGUAGUAAUGAAAGAAACUCUCCAUCUAUGAGUGUAUUUGAACUUGUUGAUAAAUUAUUAGCCGCUCACGAUGCUAUGGUGAAUUCAAGAUCUGGAAAUAAAUAG